AAUGCUGAAAUCUAUAGGUUAAAAAAGCAAUCUUAAGUGUACAAAACGGUUUUGAAAACACUAAAAGUCUGUUUGUUUUCUUUCCAGGUGGAGCUGCCAUUGAUCACAUUGGGGAAUUCAUAAGAGAUGACAAUGGAGAGACGAAUUGCCGGCGUAAUCUACAUAUUGAUCACUUUCGCUCUCGUUAAUGAAAUGUCAAUAAACGUAUACGCGAGGGACAACAACAACAAGAGGCGCACCAAAGAGAAGAGCGGAGGCUUCCAAAAGAAUAUUUGUGACAUCACAGACCGAGAUUCAAAAGUACACUGCUACUGCGAAAAUACUAGGGAACUGAGGAAUGCGACCAAGGCGGAAUGUUGGGUGUUCAACGGCGGAAUACCGCGGGACGACCUCAUCUGGCAGAGUUUUGCCUCACAACCAACUUUGCAAACUUUGUCUUUUAGCGUCCGAGUCGAUGGCGCUUUGGAGUAUAUACCUAAAAAGGCAUUAUUCUAUUUACAGCGCUUGAGGUCAAUUAGUAUAAAGUACGGCAACAUAGUCGACGUCACACCUUACUCGUUAGCCAACUUAACCAACCUCAAGGAAGCGAGUUUAUCCCAAAACCAAAUCGAAAAUUUACAGCAGUACGCGUUCGCUCACUUACCUAAUAUAACGACGCUAAAUUUAGAAGAAAAUAUGAUCAUAGACAUCGAUGCUGAAGCUUUUUACGAUUUGCCGAAACUGCAGAAGCUGGUGUUCACAAAGAAUAAUAUAUCGACGAUCAGAAACGGUACAUUUCAGCACACGUUCAAUUUGCUGGAAUUGGAUUUGAAUAAGAACAACAUAUACUAUUUGAACCGUAGGACAUUCGAUGGAUUGGCGAAUCUGAAGAAAUUGGAUUUGAGAAAGAAUCGAAUACAAAAUUUAACGGAAUUCACGUUUGCCGAGCUGUGGAAUCUACAGGAAUUACUGUUGGGGAAGAAUGAUUUGCGGUAUAUAUCGGAGAGGGCAUUCGACGGUCUGUCUCAACUGAGAAAGUUGUCCCUUGAUGACAAUAAACUCGCUUCUCUCCCGUCGGGACUCUUCGAGGGAGUGAGGGGACUCAGCUCUUUGGACUUGCGCUCCAAUGAACUACACACAUUAACUUUCGACAAUAUAAAGCCUAUAUUGGACAACUUGAAACCGCAAAACAGUAAUCUACUACUCGAAGAGAACAGCUUAAUUUGUGACUGCAGACUGAAGUGGAUGCAUUCGUUAAGAAAUGAGACGAAAAGUCAGAAUACAAUAGAAUCCCUUGACGGUGUGAGGUGCAUGAUGGAUCCGCCAAUCGUGAGUUCAGCUUAUAAUAAAAUGCCAGACGCUAUGGAUAACAAACUGGAUUAUAAUCAAGACAUACUUCACGCCGGCCUAACCAUCGAGACGCUGGACGACAAAAUGAAUGUGACGGAGAAAAAGACAUUACCAGGCGACCUAUCUAAAGACGAUAAUGAAAUAUCCAAAAAGGGUAUAAAGAGGACUGUUUUGAAAAUCCCUCCUGAGAAUCUCCCAUGCCCGAGGGACGUUAUAAAAACAACAGAGCUCCCAUCAUAUUUAGCAGAUCCUGUAACACCAAUACAGAAUGAAAUGAAAACUUCUAGAUUGCAGGAAGCUAAUCGCGCUUAUAUGAACUUAAGGUCAAGUUUCACUGUUGCAGUUUUAUGGAGUGUUUGUUUUAGAUUUUUCUUUAUAUAAGUAACUGAAGUAUCUAGUUAAAGUAAGUGAGAUACAGACUAUUAAGCCGGCGAUUGAUGGCUGCGCACGGGUAUAAUGACUAACACUUUGCUAAGUAUUGUUUGAAACGUGGAAGAUUUACGGAUGUGUGGAAUAAAAAAGUAAUCUGUGAAGACUUUUAAGGUAAUUGAAUGAAAGGGAAUGUAUAUUAUAAAUAUGAGGGUGAUGUUGUUUAAACAACUUUUGUAAAUUGUAACUUGAGAUUUUUGUCUUUUUCUGUAAAGGAAUUUGUCAUAAUGGGCUACUUUAAUCAAAACUCACAUUGAAAAUUAUAAUGUAAUACUAAACAUUCCAAAUAGAGAGUUUGUUGAAAAAGGGUCACAGAUUUUAGGAACUGACAUGUUUGCUAUCCAAGCGAAUUUUUUAAGUUCAACAUUACAACAAAAAAUAACACCUGAAAAAUAUCACGAGAAGCACGCUUGCUCUUUUAACUUUGGUUCAGAAAGAUAACAUAAUAAGAGUAACAAACAAACAGCGGUGUUUGUUUUCGUUAGGAUAUAAAGCAACCUGUUAUAACUAACUACGCCUUUGUAAUUUCAAACCAAACAUAUUAGCAUGUUUGUGAUUUUUUUUCUUGAACUUUGUUUCGGUUCUUGUAUGUUCUAGAAUAGUUUCUCUUUC